GCAGAGGUGGAGUGUGAGGACUCACAGUGUCCGUGUGAGGUGUGCGGCUCUGAGCGUGUGUCCCUGUGAGAGUGUGUGUGUGUGUGUGUGUGUGUGUCAGGACAGAUGAGCUGAGCGUGUACCUGCAGGCUGCCAGAGAGCGAGCGGGGCUGCGGAGGCAGAACACGCCCCGACAGAGGAGAAGGUGGACGCACGCAGUCAUCCCCCCCCCACCCCCCCACCCCCCACCUCCUCCUCCUCGGUCCCCGCGGAGCCGAGCCGCGUUCCUGUUCACCUGAGAGAACGAGCACAGCCCCGAUGCUCCGCCGCGGGCCCGCAGCUCCACCGGACACCCACCGCACGAGAUCGGGGCGAGUUGCCUUCCACAGACGUCGGUUUGCCGCCGGGAGCCUCUCCGCCCGCCGCCCGGAUCGCCCGGAUCGCCCGGAGGUCCCGCGGGACUCCGCAGAGAAGUAGAGCCGCCGCCCGCGGCAGCAGCAGCGGCAGCAGCGGCAGCGUCGACCCCGCGGCUCGGCCCGAGCACCAUGAGCAGGAAGACGCGGCGCUGGAUCUUACAUUUUUUCCUGUGCCUCGGAGUUGUGUAUCUGAAGAUCGGGGGCCUGUCGUCGGUGGUCGCCCUGGGCGCGAGCAUCAUCUGCAACAAAAUCCCCGGCCUGGCCCCGCGCCAGAGGACUAUCUGCCAGAGCCGGCCCGACGCCAUCAUAGUGAUCGGAGAGGGCGUUCAGAUGGGCAUCAACGAGUGCCAGUUCCAGUUCCGACACGGCCGCUGGAACUGCUCGGCGCUGGGGGAGAGGACCGUGUUCGGGAAGGAGCUCCGAGUGGGCAGUAAGGAGGCCGCGUUCACCUACGCCAUUAUCGCCGCCGGGGUCGCCCAUGCAGUCACCGCGGCCUGCACCCAGGGCAGCCUGAGUGGCUGCGGCUGUGACAAGGAGAAGCAGGGUUUCUACAACCAGGAGGAAGGCUGGAAGUGGGGCGGCUGCUCCGCCGACAUCCACUACGGCCUGGGUUUCUCCAAGGUGUUUGUGGACGCGCGGGAAAUUAAGCAGAACGCCAGGACUCUCAUGAACUUGCAUAACAACGAAGUUGGACGCAAGGUCCUGGAAAAGGGAAUGCGCCUGGAGUGCAAAUGUCACGGCGUGUCGGGGUCCUGCACCACCAAAACCUGCUGGACGACGCUCCCGAAGUUCCGUCAGCUGGGAUACCUUCUCAAGGAAAAGUACAACCAGGCCUUGCACGUCGAGCCGGUGCGAGCCAGCCGCAACAAGCGCCCCACCUUCCUGAAGAUCAAGAAACCCCAUUCCUACCGCAAGCCUCUGGACACGGAGCUGGUCUACAUCGAGAGGUCGCCCAACUACUGCGAGGCCGACCCCCUGUCCGGCAGCAUGGGGACGCAGGGUCGACUGUGCAACAAAACGGCCCAGCAGCCGAACAGCUGCGACCUGAUGUGCUGCGGUCGCGGGUACAACACGCACCAGUACUCCCGCGUCUGGCAGUGCAACUGCAAGUUCCUGUGGUGCUGCUACGUCAGAUGCAACACCUGCAGUGAGAGGACAGAAGUGUAUACCUGUAAAUAGAGAUAUUCAUUGGACAGCCUUCAGACGGCGAGACUAGAUGUGUGUGGGCACGUUGUGUAUUUCAGAAUAAGGCUUCUUGAUGGCCUCCAGCUUUUGUUGAUUACAAUGAUGCCAGUGCACAUCUGCCAUCGCACUGGACUCGACCUUGGGGCGCAUACUUUUUAUUUUCUAUUUUCGAUGAUGUCCUCUCAUGCCCCAGGCUUGACUUUUUUUUCAGGCCACACUGGUCCGUUGGCAUGACUCACCUCAGACUGAACUUUUUUCUUUCUUUUUCUAGACUAAUUAUUUAUUCAGCGAGAAAACUACUGAUCAUUUUUCGAAAGUUCACUGUCAACUUAAUCUCGUGGGGUGUUAAGUUGGUGUAGAUGUCUGGCAUUUUAUAAAAACUAUUCAAGUGCACUUAAGAGCAAAAAUAUUAUUAGUAUUAUAAUUUUUCUUGUAAACUAGACAACUUACACUGGAGCUGAAACCUGGAACUGUCAGGACUGGAACUGACAGAUUUGGGAACCUGCGGCUUCUGCGCAUUAAGCCAAGCAGAGGAACAUGAAACUACUGAUUCUGGACUCGGUGUGAUAGUAUUGUUUUGCGCUUGUCUCUUUUCCCCUCCAGUCUGCUGCUAGUUGUCUGGAAACGUACUGAGUUUGUGAGCGAGCAGCCAUAUUGACUCGACACCACCGGGAGCAAACGCCGGCUUCCAGACAUACAUCUCCCUCAAUGUUGGUCGAUAGAAUAUAUUUUGUAAGAGAUUAUUUUUUAUAUAAAUGUUGUUUUUAUUUAUUUUCUAUCCCUGUGUCAGAUAUUUCCCCUUCAGCAUUUCUUCGCCCACUGAAACACUGUUUAAUAAAUGUGCCUGUUUCCUAAGCAGAAGAAUAUAAUGACGUCACACUGAAAUGUGCAGUACUGCCAUGUGUCCCCUGUUUCAGGAAGCAUCACGCCUUGCUGCCUACAGAGAGCCAAAGUGUUCAUGUCACGCUGCUCCGUGGACAUUCCUUUUCACGAGUUAGUGCAUCUUUUAUAGUAACAUAAAAGUAUAAAAGCAUCAUAACUCUUGGUUUCUCCCUUAUCUAGUACAUUCUAAGGUCUUUUCAGCUGUGGUCUAAAAGUAACACCAACACUCUCAUCUUCUGAUGAGCAUCUUCAUCAGCUUAUGCUAACCCACAGUGGUUGCAUUUGGCGUUAAAGCAGGCCUCGACAUUUUUUAAAGUUGACAAACAUCAUUCAAUAUUUGACUCCAUUUACACCUGGCAUUUAAAGGAUUCAGUAAGUGAUUCUAAAGCAAUACACGUUUUGUAAAAAUCACGGAUAUUUCCUCACAGUCCAGUAGCUGUCGGUUCUAUGAGUGUGCCGGAAAAAGAAAUCCGUGCUUUUUCGGCACAGCCCUGGCUCCGUAAAUCGGCGCUGACCGCACCGACACCUUAAGAGACCUGCUGGCGGGUGACGCUGCAAUUCUGCAGUUUUGGCCUAGUGGUUAGUGCGUCGGUCUCUCAUGCAAGAAGACACAAAGAGAGAAACAAGCUUUCUCCAGAAUCGUUGACUGCCCCUUUAAAUACGUACUGUAUACAGAUUUGAUUGGAUGAUUUUAACCUGAUUACAUUAACUCCUGGUAUUAAUGUGUCUCCGGUGUGUCCACACUGAGAUGGGGACUUUGUCCAGUUCGCGUCACAUUUUCCUCUUUUUUGCGCAGGUCAAAAACAACAACAUAAAAAAAGAUUGAAGAAGGCACUGCAUUCUUGUAUUUGCCUGUUUUUUGAUUGGUCUCUUCUCUUCUACAUGAGUGUGGCUUGAAAAACGUGCACAGUUGAGGACCGAGGAGAGGACUACUUUGUGUGUUUACUGGCAAGCUGCCUAGCGUAGGAACAGAUUUUCAACCCAGGUAGUAGUUGUACGUGGAUUGACAAGUGGAUUUGCAUUCACACUUGUGCUCAAUUUGGUCACAAUGUGUCCCUGACCACCUCCUGAGGUGGUUUGGCUCAUCAGAUCACAAUCUGUCCUCACUGUGUUUUGGGUGUAUUUACACUUCUUUUUUUUCAUGUGGUCAAACUGUAUCCGAUCUCUCACAAUGCAUUUAGAUGCCAUGUGUAAAUGGGGUAUUCUAUCCUUACAUUAAACGCUUCGCAAGUAUGAGAAAUACAUUUUUCAGUACCCUGCAUGAACCCAAACGGGAUUUUAAUGAGGAACCAUCACUACGGUAAACGGUUACAGUUUGACUUUGGCUCUCUGUUGGUUUAACCGCUCCACAGAUAUGCAGUGCUCUUUAACACGUUUCUCACUAACACCAUUUAGGGCUGGGAAUCAUUUCAUAUUUACAUGUUGUGGUGUUUUACACCUUUUUAAGAGUCUGUUGAAAGUAGAAGGAAGAAAACAGAACCCCUGUGGUGGUUGUGAUAAUAAAUACCGUUGAAUAAAAUAAAGGUUUUAUGUUUGAUCCUUAAAUGUGAGACUUGACAUUUUUGAUACACAUUUCAGACAGAAUGUAAAGGUUUGAUACCCAGCCCUGCACUAACAGCUAAGUAGCCGAAUAAAACAAUCUGAGGAACCUUAACAGCAACUCUCGUGAGCAGUCAGUCGAUUGUAGAUAGAAGUGUAACAUGCCUUCAUCAUGGGGGGGGGUCGUCAGUUAUAGGUUAUUCUUGUACGUGACUGAACUAAUGAAAUCAUAUCAAUCAGAAACUUCUUAAAUCAGAAGAUAUUGUUGACGUUUUUUCAUGUAGACCAACGUUGUCUUUUCAUUUGUUCCUGUUGAAUAAAUGUUGACUCAAAAUGAA